UUCAAGGCUCAGGUCUGAAUGGUGCAGACUCCUUGCUUUCCCAAGGAUUAGUCAAGGGGAGUGGAUGAGAGCAAUCUGGCACAAGAUUAUUCUCUGUGAGAAGACAUGAAAGAAUAUGUGUUGCUUCUCUUCUUGGGUUUGUGCUCUGCUAAACAUUUCAUUGGCCUUUCACACUUUACAUUAAAGCAUAUGAUGCUGCAAGAUAUGGAAGAUGAAAGCGACGAUGAUAACUCUUUACUUCCAACUGGAAGACCAAUUCCACCAGAAGUUCCUUUUGAUAUGUUUCCAGUAUGUCCCUUUGGAUGUCAGUGUUAUAUGAGAGUUGUCCACUGCUCUGACCUUGGUUUGACUUCAAUACCAAACAAUAUUCCAGCUGAUACUCGCAUGAUAGACCUUCAAAACAACAAAAUUAAAGAGGUCAAGGAAAAUGAUCUCAAAGGACUCACAUCACUUUAUGCACUGGCUUUGAACAACAACAAAAUAUCUAAGAUCCACCCAAAAGCCUUUCAAUCAGUAAAGAAGUUGCGACGGCUGUACUUGUCCCAUAACCAGCUAACGGAGAUCCCAGCAAAUCUGCCAAAAUAUUUAGCAGAGCUACGGAUUCAUGAUAAUAAGGUUAAGAAAGUACAAAAGGAAGUAUUUCAAGGAAUGAAGGCUUUACAUGUUUUGGAAAUGAGCGCAAAUCCUCUGGACAAUGAUGGAAUAGAACCAGGUUCUUUUGAAGGCGUGACAGUCUAUCACAUCAGAAUUGCAGAAGCUAAACUGACCUCAGUUCCCAAAGGGCUACCAUCCUCUUUACUAGAGCUUCAUCUAGAUGACAACAAAAUUACUGCAGUUGAACUUGAGGAUUUUAUUCAGUACAAAGAUCUUCAGAGGUUGGGACUGGGAAACAAUAAAAUCAAAGAUGUGGAAAAUGGAAGUUUUUCCAGUAUACCAAAAGUACGAGAAAUACAUCUAGAAAACAACAAACUGAAAAAGGUUCCUCCUGGACUACCUGAUCUGAAAUAUCUGCAGGUUGUCUUCCUUCACUCUAAUAAUAUUGCAAAAGUGGGAGUAAAUGAUUUCUGUCCAACAGGAGGAAGCAUGAAGAAGACAUUAUACAGUGGCAUUAGCUUAUUCAACAACCCUGUGAAAUACUGGGAAGUUCAACCUGCAACGUUCCGUUGUAUUUUAGGCAGAAAUAGCGUGCAGCUUGGGAAUUACUGAAAGUGAUACAGAAGUUUGCAUAUUCCAAAACUAUGUUUAAAUAGACAUGUUAUGUUGCUGGUUUUACAAUAUUUGAAAUCUAUUGUAAAAGGGCAAUUUUACACCCUUUAACCAGUUUACAAAAUAUUUACACUAAUUUAGAGAUUGUAAACUAGAAACACAAUAUACUUUAGCAGUCCUUUGUUUUAUCUGAUGUUAAACUUACAUUUUUGAGUAAAUGAUGCAAAAACCUUGAUUUUCAAGGAAAGGAUGACUCUUGGAAACUGAACUGGAAACUGUACUUUGAUGUUUCCUAUUACAGAUUUUAAAUUGUUUACUUAAAUCUACUUUGUCUGUUUUUUUCCAAUACAGAAGCAAUGCAAAGCAUUAAGUUAAAAAAA